AUGCAAGAACAAGAACACCAACAUCAUCUUUUCCUACCUCAGGUUGGUCUCGAAGGAUUCAACAAGCGAAGAACUCUAUCCGAUCUAUUAUAUGAGAAGGGUUUUAAAGGAGCGUUGUUUGUAAUUGGUGAGGUUCUUUACAUAACAAGACCUCUAAUUUAUGUUCUCUUCAUCAGAAGAUAUGGAAUCAGGUCUUGGAUUCCCUGGGCUAUAUCCGUUUCUGUGGAUACACUGGGGAUGGGGAUUCUUUCAAAUUUAAAGUUGUGUGGAGAUAAGAGCAAACAAAUCAAUUCCUCUCAACCUGAAAAGAACGAGCUUAGGAGACGAAAGCUUCUGUGGGCGUUGUACCUAAUGAGAGAUCCAUUCUUCACCAAGUACACAAGCUCUCAGAAGAAGGUGGAACCAGUUCCAUUGAUAGGAUUUUUCACAGGGAAACUUGUGGAGCUUUUGGUAGGAGCUCAGUCACGUUACACUUACAUAUCGGGAUCUUGA